GCUGGCAGCAAAGCGUUUCAGUUGAUUUUUGGUGCAAUAUUUACGAUUGUAAUUGUUAAAAAACGCGAAAAGUGCUUAUGCGUACGCUGAUAAAAGUGCCGAAUUGAAAUCAACUAACAAAGAUGUUAUAAACGGUCAAAGUGAAGUAGACAAAACGUUAUGUUCUACUCUAUUAUAUCCACAUAACGCGCACACACGCACACCAACACAACACAACACACUUACACACACGCUCGUUCAGUUGCGCUGCCGCUGAGUGUCAACAGCUGCCGCUGCCUCUCUUUCGCUCUGCCUCUGCCUUUGUGGCGGUGGUGUUGCCGCAGUCAAAAUGUCGGACAUUAACGACGAUCUGCUCAUCUAUGAGUUAGGCGAUGACAUUGACGAUCAGGCGCUGCUUGGCGCCGACGAGGAUGAGCUACUGCUCUCCGAUGAGGAGCUAGAGAACGAUGUGAAACUACAGAUGCGCGCCGAGGCCGAGGUAUGGGCUCGGGAGCAGGUACGUAAGCACAAGGAGCAACUGGCGGCAACAGCAAAAGCUGCAACAGCAACAGCUACAACAAGACCAGUGACGCCCGCUGCAGACGAUGCCGUUGUCGAUCCACCAGCAGCUAGUCGGGAGUCACCCGGCGCCACUGUGGUGGCAGCAGCCGAAACUACUACGGCGCCCAAUGCCAGUGAAACGGCGACGCAAAUCACCGAACUGGCGGCUGCCACCUCAACAACAACAGCAACGGGAACACUGAACGAGGAGAUUAAGGAUCACAUCGGCCCCGCAGAGCCCGCAACGGACAGCAACAGUCAAAGCAGUGGAAAUAAUGAACAACAGUUGCAACCAGAGCCGGAUGUAGAUACGGAUGGAUCUGCUGAUGGGGCUGUGAGUGGGCUUUCCACCGUGUUGGCCUCCUCGCAGGAGAGCUUAACCAGUGCCGUCUCUGAUCUACAAGAGGACGAUGAGGAGCGCGAAGAGCGCACCAAUUUCAAAACAGCCAGCGAACGUGCGGACAAUCACAAGCAGCCACAGCAGCAACACUUGCUGCAACAACAACAAAUGCAAAGGCGACAUCACACAGUUCUUACAGACAAACCGCGCAUGGGCGGUCGCUUUAUGCCAUUCGCCAACAACAAUAACAAUCCAAACAACCCAAACAAUAAGCGCCUAAUGGGUGUACGUCAUCAUCUGCUGCGUAAUCCCAGUCCACACAUAUUCAGUCCGCAGCGAAUGAUGGGUGGAAUGUCGAUGCAGCAGCCGCAGCGUUUCCUGAUGCCGCCGGGUAAUAAUAAUGCACUUCAUACUCAUCAUCAUUUGGCCAGUUUGAUGGCACCGCCGGGCGUUGUGGCAACCCCCUUGGCAGCCUGCAUACUGUCGUCCCAACAGCAGCAGCAUCAACAGCUGCAGCAGCAACAGCAGCAGCAACAACAACAACAACAACAACAAACACUACAACAACAAGCCACACAACAGUCGCCCUACAAUACAAACAACAAUACAAUUCCUCUGGCCAAUUCUGGUGGUCCAGGUCCUGGUCCCGGUGUUCCCACAUCCUCCCCGCAUCUACAUAAUCCCCACAUGCUGCACCACAAGAACAACAACAAUAACAACAAUACCAAUAACAACAAAAACAAUAAUAAUAAUAAUACGAACAACAACAACAACAACAAUGGGAGCAAUGUGAAUCCAAAUGGUGUCCUAUCGCAUCAGCCGCAUCUUUUGCCGCAUCCGCAUUCGCAUACGCAUCAGCAUCCACACGAUCCGGUGCGCGUUGGUCUGCUGCAGCCGCCGUUGCAACAAAUGCAACAGCUGCCAUACGGAAAUGCCGCUUAUCGUAAUGGCGCCUUGCUGGGCCAGGGACCCGGACAACAACAUCCGCCGCCAGUGGCACCACAUUCACCUGGAAUGCGACCACCGCUGCCCUUUCGCAAUGGACCGCAGGGAUAUGGUCCUGGACCGGGAGCCAAUGUUGCAGCGGGCCACGGUCCGUUGUCUGGAUACGAGCCGCAUCCGGGUCAAUAUAUGCGACCACACAAUGGGUGGCGGCCACAGGGCGGCGAUGCGCCCGGUUCGCGCAUGCCAUGCCCACCGCUGCCCCAACAUCUGAUGGGCGCGGGACCAGGCUAUAUGAACGGCAUGAAUAUGCGCGCUCCACAUCAGCAUAUACAGCAGCAACAGCAGUCAAGCGCUGCUAGCCAGGCCCAUCAGCUGCAGCAGCUUCAGCAUCAGCAGCAGCUCCAACAGCAGCAAUUGCAGCAAACCGCAGCACAGAUCUCAACGCCAUCAGCUCCUUCAGCCUCCCAGCUGCAGCUUCAACAGCAGCAGCAGCAGCAGCAGCAGCAACAACAACAACAACAGCAGCAGCAGCAGCAGAUCCAGUUGCAGCAAUCGGCCGUUGCCGCGGUGACAACCAAUGUUCAACGUCACGUCAGCAAGGUACUCAUUAAUCCCAAUUUUAAAGGUGGCGUCGAGGCCGCCACUAACAAAUUCAUCAAGGAGACGCACUUUGUGCCGGCGAUCAAUAGCGAAGCAGAGCUGUUGCGUCAGCAGGAGGAGUUCAUCAAUAAGAAUCGCCAGUACUUUGAGAAGCGUCGCAUGGAACGCUCACCACCGCCGCCCAGUUCCGGCUCCGCAGCGCUCUCAUCUAUGGCGCAGGGGGAGGGAGGGCGGCGCAGUCGGACACGCAGUCGCUCCCGCGGACGCAGUUACUCACCGCUGAAGCGCACGGAUCGCGAACGGGAGCGUGACAGGGAUCGGGACAGGGAGCGGGAUCGGGAGCGUGAACGUGAACGCGAACGAGAUCGUGAACGUGAGCGAUAUGGUGUAGGAGGCGGCGGCAGUGCCAGCGGAGGAGAAAGAGGAGGUGGAGGAGCCGUUGCACGUCCCACAGCCGGCAGUAGCAAUCGUAGCUAUCGUCGCGUCACCAGCAGGGAACGUGAUGAGAAUCGCAGUGGUGGUGGUGGCGGUGGAGGAACUGGCAUCAAUAGUGGAGGUGGCUCCAGUGCCGCUGCGGUGCCAAAGCGACGACGCAGUGGCUCCCCAAAUGGGCCGCGCAAUCCUUUCUCUGGCGAACCGCGCAACCGACCGCUGGACAGCAGCGCCAGCAGCAGUCGCACUGCGCCCAGCGACGAGGAUGAGGAGACGCGCGCCUAUCGCCUAGGGAUUGAAAAGCAAAAGCAGCUGCGCGAGAGAAUCCUGCGCGACAAGGAGCUGAAACGGCGACGCGCCGCCGAGGAGAAACUACAUGAGGACAAGCGCGCCGAGCAACAUAGCCCGGUGCAGCGCGAGGAUCAGGAUCAGGGCAGCGGUCAUUCAGGGGGCUCAGCAGCGCCUGGCAACGCACAAAAGCAGCGACAAGCGCUGAGCAAUGAGCGCAAGGUCAUUUCACUGAACCGUCGCGAUGACUUGGAUGCCCGCAGCAGGCAGCAGCAACAGUUGCAGCAACAUUUGCAGCAAAAGUUGCAACAGCAACAGCUGCAGCCAGGAGCUGGACGCAAGCAGUUGACCGCUGCGAAAAUAGCGCCCGAGGCAAAGCGCAGCAUUGCCGAUCAUUUGUCACCCUCCAGCAAACAGCAUCAUCAGCAGGCGCAGCAGCCGCUGCAUGCUACAGGAGGAGGAGGAGGUGGAGGUGGAGGAUCAGCGCAGCCCGGUCGAGCCGCUGGCGGCACACCGCCCCCAAUCAGCAGUAGCGGCAAUAAGGGGCGUGAUACAAUGCAAAUAGGCAUGUUGCGUCUGGGCACGCCCAGUGACGAUGAGGUCGAGCUCGAUUACGACGAUGAUGAUCUGCUCCUCGAUGAGGAGGAUCGUCUGUUGGCAACACCAUCGCCGCCGCCACCGCAGCCGACGCGUCAGGCCAUCAAGCGUUCCGCGACUCCGGAAAUGCACGCUGUAAAGCGAAAUCACACAAAGAUUGUGCGUAGUUCCGCAACAGUACCGUUGUCUGGCCAACGCCGUGUGGUGCUGAAGCCCUCAACCAGCAAUGGCAGCAGCAGUGGUGGGGGUGGUGGCGGCAGCGGCAACGCCAGCUCCUCGGAACAGCAAUCACACCGUCAUCGGGAGCGUCGUCAGCGAGAGGAGCGAGCUGGAGCAUCUGGGAUAUUUGAUCGUUUGGAGAAGCGGCAGCAAUCCUCGGGUGGAAGCAGCACCAGCGGAGGAGGCGGUAGCAAUAGCGGCAAGCAGCGCGGCAAGGUGCCAACGCGGAUUAUCCUCAAGCAUGUUUAAGGCCACAGCAGGAAAAGCAGCAGACGAAGGCGCCACGGAAAACUAAUCCUUAAAUCAUAAGCAUACCUAGAUAUAUAUAUAUGUAUAUACUCAUAUAUAUAUAUAUAUAUAUAGGAAGAAGUAUAUAUGUUGUAAACUGUAGCAAAGGCGACUGCCGGGCAGAGGCUGCUGCAGCUGUCGCAGAUUUUGUAAUUGUUUAAUCCUCACAAAAAAAGAAAAAAGAAGAAAA